CGAUUUCGGUGACGCGUUGGAAAAGGGUUGCGAUCUCCGCGACGGUGGGGAGCCCCCGUGUGCUGAACAGAGAGAAAACGGCGAAGAGAGGGAACGUUCGCGAGGAGGGGACGGCCUGAAAAGUUCGGGCCAGGCUCGGUUCGAUCGCUCAAUAUUCAUCCCUUGGCCGGACGAGAGCGCCCGAGAACAGCGGCUCCAGACGAGGGCACGAAUCGACCCUUCCUUCCUUUGCGUCCUCGCCCGCGGAGCUGCUCGAUCGCGGCACCGUUCCGUUCCAUUCCGUCAGAGGACGAACAAGAUCAGCGGCAGAAAGCGGCGGACAAGCCUCGACCAGGGAUAUUCGUACGUCGUCGUUCGUGGUGAUACGCGGGAUCGUUCUAUCUGUCCAUCGUUCGAACCAUCCCAAUGGAGGGCAAGAAGGAACAGUAUUACACACCGCCGCCGAAGCUCGGCAAAUGGGAAGGCUUCAAGGUUUUUCUAUGGAACUCCGAGACUGGACAGUUCCUGGGACGUACAGGAGCUAGUUGGGGCAAGAUUUUGUUAUUCUACGUUAUUUUUUACGCGGUACUGGCCGGUUUCUUCGGAGCGAUGUUGACCGUUUUUUACCAGACGUUAGACCCGAACGAACCAAAAUGGCAGCUGGACAAUUCCCUCAUCGGCAGCAACCCUGGACUUGGUUUUAGGCCUAUGCCACCAUCAAGCAACGUCGAAAGUACCUUGAUUUGGUACAAAGCCAGCGACGAGGGAAAUUUCUUACAUUGGACCAGAGAAUUGGACGCGUUCCUCGAAGAAUAUCAGAAGCCUUCUGGAGGAACAAACGGUGCCCAGCAGAGAAUGCUCUGCGAUUACGGAAAACCACCGACCCCUGGAAAAGUUUGUGAUGUGGACAUGACGCAGUGGAGACACUGCACAAAGGAAAAUAAAUAUGGUUACAAUAAAUCCGCCCCUUGCAUUUUCCUCAAACUGAACAAGAUUUUCGGCUGGAAACCGGAAUAUUACAACGACACAUCGAAUCUACCCCGCGACAUGCCAGCCGAGCUGCAAGAUCACAUCAAACAAGAGGCGCUGUCCAAUCGGUUGGACACCGUUUGGGUAUCUUGUACAGGUGAAAAUCCAGCCGAUAUCGAGAACAUGGGUGCGAUUCAAUACAUUCCACAUCGUGGUUUCCCUGGAUACUACUUCCCCUUCACAAACACCCCUGGCUAUCUUAGCCCCCUCGUAGCUGUCUUCUUUGAGAGGCCUAAAUACGGUGUGCUGAUCAAUAUCGAGUGCAAGGCCUGGGCACACAACAUCAUCCACGACAGAUUCGAGAGGCGUGGUUCAGUGCACUUUGAGUUAAUGGUGGAUUAAGCGUAGCGCUAGCCGCCUUUUGCAAGACCACUAUCAACUGCGUCCAAGAACAAUGUAGGAGGAAGGGGAAUAAGAGAAAUUUCUUUUUUAAUCAAUCUCGCUGGCGGAUCGUGACCACUCCUUCUUUCCUCCGGUUUUCUCUGCCGACGAUACCGCCCUGGCCGCCUAUAUUUCUCACCGUUAUUUUAACGUAGAUCCGUCAGAAGCUCACCACUCAUCCUCAUCCUCAUCGCGGUUCUUUCAUUCUGUAACUUUUACAUUGUCGCGCUUUUUAACACCAUCGAAAGAUCGUAGUCUCUCGACACAUUGUAAUCUCAUCUAUACACACGGACACACACAUACAUACACACAUGGAGAGCGAAGAGAGGGACACACAAAUAUUUAGGAAGGAAAACGAGAGAAACGGAUGCAAACAUAUACACAAGUUCGUAAUCGUAUUUUCCACGCGAUCGACACGGACAAAGUGAUUGUAUCGACGAAACGGACCAGUAAUAAAAUUGGCUAUAUAAAAGGCUUACGUAUGUACAAUAUAUGUACGUGUACGUAUCAGGAUGCACAAAAGAAUCAGUUCAGCGGAAAGAAUUCUGCACAAAAGAAAUGGCGGCGGUAUCUCUUCUUUCUAUCCGGGGGCGAAGGGGAGUGGUCGUAACCAUCGUGAUCUAAGUAUCGUUCAGCGUAUCCGUUGUACGCUCGUAAGAAACUUUCCUUUAAUAUUCGAUUUUUCGCCCCGUUUUUCCUUUUUAUUAUUUGUCCGUUCAUACGGUCUCGUCCGGGGCCCCCGCGCGCAUUUCUUUCCGUUGAUUUACCGUCGGGCCCGGCCAACGGGACCGCUAACGUGUAGGGCUCACCGAGGAUCAAUGAUACUCUCUUAGUUCGUGCCACGUACGUAGACGUAACUAAAAAUGGAAAAAACAAAAAAAGAAAGAAAGACGAAAAAACGAUUAGUGUGUUUACAAAAGCCCGGCGGUACGGUGCACCCGGCACGGUGGAACUUUUGAUUUCGAAUUCCGCGAAGAAGCUCUCGGACGAAUCUCGAUCGAAAGUUCCGUCGUUUCGGGCUGAAAUGCGAUCAAUCGAAAUUCACACCGAAAAUCGGCUAUUUGUUGCGACGUUCGAUUACGUGCGAACUUUUAAUUGAAAGCGCCAAGAGCUCCAAGGUAUCGACGUUCCAACGUUAGUAGAACGCGAUAAUUCGGUUAAUUAUUCUAAUUCCAUUAAGAGUCCUUGGCUUUUAAUUCGAAGUUCCUCGCGCACGAAUGUGGAUCAACGUUCUAUACGAUUAAUGAUGGUAAUAAGCGAUAAUUCAAAUCAGCAUGUUCAACAAAAGCAAUAAAGUUGGUAAUUAACCGGUGAAGAAAAUAUUAACGUUGAUCAGUGUAUAUCGAGAGUUUCGUUGGAUUUCGAUUUGUCGAACAGCGCGCAGCUUGCACGGGGAAAGUUUAAUCAGCCUAGUGAUAACCAUACGACAUCGUAUGGAAUAUGUAUUUAUGAUUAUAUCGUACCGCAUGAUAAUAUCUAGCGCUAGUCCACGCAACGUAUAGUUGAUAGGUUGUAUCAUACACAGGCUGGAGAUCAGAGAGAUUGUGUUCUAUGUUCUUCUCGUUUACAAAAUUCUUAAAUAUUCAGUUAUAAUUCAAUCAUAAUUCAACCGUAUUUCAACUAUAAUUUAUCUUCAUUCAAAUACAGCGUUCUACAUACAUUCAUUUGUUUAAUUCCAUAGGAAUUUUGCGUAUUUUGUCUUCCUGAUUAAAUCGGAAAUAUGGAAUGUGUUUCUGAUCUCCGGUCUCUGUGGCUUGUACUUAGAAACAAAAGCUGGUUGUUCCGAGAGCUUGUUCGUUUCUUCAGAAGACAGCGUUCGCUCCGUUGGUCGUCGCCCAUUAUGUGAGAUCCUCUCACGGUUCGGCUGCUUCCAUCGCGAAUUUGAACAAUCGCUCGAGUUCUCGUUUGCGACGCUUCUAUGUUCACUAUACCAAAGUUAUACUGCCAAAUACAGAUGCGUUACGUAUGGAAUUACUUCGAUUCAGUUGCACAUUCACGCUCGACGAAAAUUCCCGAUGGAAGCGUGGAUCGUCCCGGACAGACACGACACGAUGAUAGUACAAAAAGGCUAUAACGGAUCGGGCGGCGACCCCGAUCGCGAACGCUGCCCGAAAACCAGUAAAUAAAUCGAUCGUUUAAUUGCUAUUUAUCAAUCGACGUAAACGAAUUAUUAUUAUUAUCCCUCAUUAUUAUUAUUAUCGUUACUAUGAUUUCCUUGGGUCCUCGUCCGGAGCCAUGUUGAGAUAAGAAACCAAAAAAAAAUUUAACAUAGAUUAAUCGUCGAUGACACUAUUAAAUUUUAAGAAAAAAAAAAAUAAACAUGAAAGGAAAGAAGAAGUGCAGAACCUGAAGUGCAUCAGAUGAAAGAGUACGAGGAUGUCGAUGACGACGAUGAAUCACGCGUUGAUAAUGUAUUAUUAGAAAUUAUUACACUUGUAUCCAGUGCACCGAUCGAGAGCGACUAUAUAUGUAUAUUCAUCAUUGUGAAUCAGCUGUUUCUAAUAAUGAACAUCCGUUGUUGAAGUAUAAAGGUUUGGAUCCUUCGUCGCGAACGUGAAGGGGUUGGGGCUCAGAGAAAGACAGGAAAAGUUCGGCAUCGAGGAAUGUUGGCCAAGAAUCGGGGUUCAGUGAUCAUGCUUAAAAGUAUACCGUCGCUGAGAACGUUCGUUGCUUUCGAAAUCGAAGAAAAUCGCGAGACCCGUCGACAGCUCGCACGCGUCGAGGACGUUAAAACAAAAAAAAAAAAAAAAACAACUAGGGGGUAGCGACGAAGAGAAACGCAUCUCGCUGCAUACUAUCAGUUCAUUCUCCAGAUUCUAUUUGGAACAUGUUUCCUGUGUGAUAAUUGUUAACUCAAUUAGCGCUUUAAGUAACGAUACGUGAGAUGUAUGAGAGUAGUCCGAACAUUUUGACGAGAAACGAGUCGCGAGAAGCUGUAAGUUUUAAGGUAUAUAUUUAAAUGACAUAAGUACGUUUAACGAACACGAUAUAUUAAUAUUAUAUAUAUAUAAAUAUAUAUACGUAAUAUAUAUUAUAUAUAUAUACAUGUUACGAGUACACCUAAGAUAAUCUUACAAAGGUAAUUCCUAAAUAGUCGGGUAAAUUGUUAGCGAAAAACUUCGACAGAACUCGCGGUAACGUAUGAAAUGUGAACGCUAAACAAAAAGAAAAAAGAAAAAAAAUAACGACAACACAAAGUUGAGAUAUUGUUCUAAGUAAUGUUAAGUGGGAUCCGUGUAUUGUAACGCAUUCUAUGCAUGCAUAACCCUUUACACAUUGUUCGUUCAAAUAAAUAUAUCAGACGAUA